CUUAGGUCCUGAGAAUUGUAGUUGUUCUUCUCGUAAGUUGGCUGUUACUUGAAUGGGUCUCUUGGUUACAGCCAUUAUAUAAACAUUCUUCCAAAAUUGCCCCUAAUUGUCAUGCCCCCCGUGACCUAAUACUGGUAAUUUACUUACACAAAACCCUGAACUGUGCAUCGAGUGGUCACUUGCAGCCACAGUUUUCUCAAUAUCAACAUUCCUAUCAUUUCGGGUUUAACUUUCUGGUGGCCUGUGUAACGUCACUGUGUGACAUGAAAACGUUCAACACGAGUACUAUCCAGAUACGUUAAGUUGUUGGAAAUUUCCAUCUAAUUACGUACAGACUACUAUAGUUACAUAUGCAAAAGGCUAUUAUCUCUUUCAGUCUGUUCAUUCGUGAUUCAUAAUCACCGGUCUAACCAGUUUUUAGGCAUAAAGGCAGCUCCGAGUCCUACUUCCUACAUACCAGACCAUCUAAAUCUACACGGGCUGUUCUCGGCAUUGACAGCAAAAUGAGAGUCGCCGUCGUAGGAGCAGGAAUUGUGGGUAUGACCUCUGCCCUGCACAUCAUGGAGCAGUGUUCGUCUGCGCAUGGGCAGUUGGAAUUAACAGUCAUCUCUGAGAAGUUUUGUCCGGACAACACGAUGGCGAGUUACGGACCGGCAGGUCUGUGGAAACCGCCGUCACAGGAGCACAUGACUCACGCAGAGCUGAAGCGGCUACAGGAUUCCUUUGACUUCUUGACUUCGGUUCUCCGGACAAGCUACGCACAUGAAGCCGGCAUCUUCCUUCAGCCGGGUUACAUCGUCCACAUGGACCCCAUACCGGACCCGGCCUGGAAAGACAUUGUCGUUGGGUUCCGACAUGUCACCCCGUGGGAGCUAACCAACCUGUUUCCUGGUUACAAACAAGGAUGGUUCUACACUACCUUCAUAUGCCAGGCUAGAGACUUCUUACCGUGGGCAAAGAAAAGACUGACUCAGAGAGGAGUUGGCUUCGUGCAGAGAAAAGUGAACUCAUUGGAACAGUUGGCGCCACAUUACGAUGUUGUUGUGAACUGCAGCGGUUUGGGUGCUGCGAAGCUGGCAAGUGACGAGGCCGUUUCAGCGAGUAGGGGGCAGGUCAUGAGGGUAAAGGCGCCCUGGCUGCGGUAUUUUGUAGAGACGGACGGAAAGCAUCCAGUCAUCAACGGUUUUACAUAUAUGGUCCCGAAUUUACACGACGUAGUUAUCGGUGGGACAAGACAGACGGGGAAUAUCCGGAAAACGAACGACCCACGUGACACGGACACCAUCUGGAAGGGAAUCUUGGCUUUGAACUCUCAAAUGAAGGGUGCGGAGGUAGUAGAGGAGUGGACGGGUUUCCGCCCCAUGCGGGACGGAGGAAUCCGGCUGGAGAGAGAGACACUGGCGGGAACUUCAACAGGGCGGCCGCUGGAGGUCGUUCAUAACUACGGGCAUGGAGAGGCCGGGGUCACGUGGUCACACGGUUGUGCCAAAGAAGUUGCCGACAUCGUGAAAACCAUCAUGGCGGAACGACGUCCAAAAUCUCGUUUAUAGACUUCAACAUGUUCGAGAUUGUAAUUCCCUGAAACGAUUUUCACUAAGAGGACUGGGCGAAAAAUCUACAUGUACAUUCAAGUAACUCCGAAUCGAAUGUGGAUAGCGUAUGCUGGAAGUCAAAAUCAGUGUCAGCGCAGGCAAAAUAAAACUAGAACGAGACAAAGAAGGUGCCUAAUUUCUUUCAUCUUGCUAAUGGUGACGACUAGCACUGCAAAAAUGAUUGAACAAGAAGAACAUUUGAUGACAUGAUAAAAGAAAUAAUCCGCAAUCAUUGUUCAUUUUUUCAUCGUAUGCCGUUGUUUUGUUUUACAGUGUUUCAAAAUUCCAAACUGAUUAUGUCUAUGUGUAUCAUUAACCUACUCGUUACCUACAAUAUAUUUGAUUUCACCCUGA